AUGAUAUUACUAACACUGUUGAUACCUCUUUGUCUGGGGAUAUCGCUCCCCAGCGCGAAGAAUUUCCUCGUCUCUGAUGGAUCCGUCACGGACAAAUCCCUCUUUCUCACCUGGGAAGGAGUACCAAAAGCUGAUUCGUACAAGCUGGAUGUGAUGCCUCCUACUGUUGGAGUGGCUGGAGUAGGAUCCGGAAUUACUGAUCGCUUCUCACGAGUUCUUGGGCUCGAGCCAGACACGGAAUACACUUUUAGGCUUAUGGCUAUGAAAGACGGAAUGGAGGGCAUCGCCGCUGUCGUUUGGGCUCGAACUGCCCUCCCCGCCCCGGAUGAGAUCUUUGCUUUGCCCGAAACACUGACCUCUGAGUCGAUGCAAAUCGCUUGGUCCGAAGUCGACAAGGCCGAGUCCUACAUCGUCGAAGUUCAGCCUUCAUCUGGAGUCUCCGGUGCUGGAAAUGCGAUUUACAAGACAUCGACGACUCUUCGCGGGCUCACUCCAAAUACUCAAUACACAAUCGUUGUCAAGCCGAGAAACUGGGUUGCCACUGGCGGAGCGGUUGUUUUAAAGCAAUACACGAGAUUGCCAAGCCCCGAAUCUGCACGAGUCAUUGAAAAUACCAUCUCCCACGACACUGUCACAAUCCAGUGGGAGCCAGUCUCUGGCGCAUCUGGCUACGAGAUAACAUUUGAGCCUGAAGCCCCGGAUGCGAUUGGCGCUGGAAGCGGGAUCAAAGACACAUUAGCGACCAUUCGCGGUUUGAAAGCUGACGUUCAGUAUACUAUCUUCGUUGCAGCAGUAAACGACGCUGGUGCUUCCCAACCAACAAGUGUUGGAAUCAAAACACUGUCGAUUUGCUACGCCAAGGCUGAAGACUACCUCAAGCAAGAACGAGUCACAAUCACUUGCCCAGCCCGUUGCUCAAAGUAUCAAGAUCAUGUUUACGGCACCAUCCAGUACACGACGGACUCGUACAUCUGCGCAGCCGCCCUCCACGACGGAAGAAUUCAUGACUCGACGGGCGGAGAAGUCACCAUCAAGAAACGGGCCUCUGGCUUAGAAUUCUUCGCCGGAUCUUUGAAAAACGGAGUGAACUCGAAAGAAUACGCCGCUUGGAGCAAAUCUUUCACGUUUGCUCUUUACCCUCCAAAAGAACUCAACAUCGUCGCAGGGUCUAUUUCCGAUACUCAAGUUAUGAUCGAAUGGCAACUUGUUUCUGGAGCUAGUUCAUACGAUGUCGCGAUCAGAACCGGAGAUGCAGCCGAGUACGAAGCCAGCUCAAAAAUGCCCAGCAUCACGGAAAACAAAGUUCAACUAUCUGAACUUCUUCCCGAUACAACUUACGUCAUUACAGUCAUUGGUCGAAACGGUCUAGAACAUUCUGAGCCAGCUGAAGUGCGAUUUACAACAGCUCUUCCUCCACCGAGAAAUCUUCGUGUUACAGACGUCACGAAGGAUGCCAUCACUCUCGCUUGGGAACCAAUUCCUGGUGCAGAGAUCAAUUCCUACACCGUUACUUACUACAAAGACGGCGUCGGUCAUACCCACGACCUGGGUGCGGGACAAACUCAAGUCAACAUCGCCUACCUUAAUUCUGGAACCGAGUACAUCUUCGAAGUCCGCGCGAUCAACGAAGUCGGCAGAGGAGGAAUCGCAAGAAUUGAGCAAUUCACCAAGCUCGAUUCGCCGCACAAUCUGGAUGCAGAAGAAAUUGGCAGCACAACGCUCAUGCUUACCUGGGAAGAAGUCGACGGAGCAGACUACUACACAAUCGAUGUCACUCCCUGCUGCCCACGUGUUGCUGACGACUCAGAAAUCACCAUUCGCGAAGCCUGGUUGGAAGAUCUCACGCCAAAUACAAAGUACAACUUUACCGUUUACGCUCACAAUGUCGCGGAAAAAUCACCCGGGUCAAAUAUUGGUGUCAAAACUGCUCUUCCCGGUCCGAUGAAAUUCGGUGCCAAAGAAGGCACGAUUCAGCAUUCAAGCUUGGUGCUAGAAUGGGACACGAUCGUCGGGGCCAGCAAGUAUCAGAUCUCUGUCAGGACGUUGAAUGGUGAACAGGUAAAUUCUUACGCUGUUGGGGGAGAGAAAACGGCCGUGAACAUCACUGAAUUGACUCCGAAUACUGAUUAUGUCUUCAAACUGAAUGGAAUGAACGACGUUGGAGCAGGAGCUGAGCAGAAGUUCUACACCUCGACUCUCUACUCCCCUCCAAUGGGCUUGAUCGUUCAGGCAGAUCCAGACUACCCCGAUCGAGUCCUUGUCACUUGGCAAGAAGACGAGGAGAUCAAUGACUACAGAAUCUUCGCGGAGCCGGGCGAAAACGUCGUCGGAACUGGCGACGUCACUGGAGCCUCCCGCGCUGUUCUCGCUGGACUGGAAGUUGGAGAGACGUACGAAAUCCACGUUGCCGCGAUUUCCGAUUCAAAAGCAGGAGCAAACGCGACUGUAAAAUUCACGACCGCUCUUCCGCCUCCUGAGAAAGUCUGGAUCAAUCCGAGCACGAUUACGCCUUAUGGAAUGCAGGUAGAAUGGACUGGGGUUGAUAAGGCCAGUGCGUAUGAAGUGACGUAUAAUAAUUUGGAUACGAAGAGCGUCAAGACGAUUACUGGCAUAACAGAACUCAAGGCCGAACUCUAUGAUAUGGAGCCAGCGUCUCGUUACCGAAUCUACGUCGUCUCCGUUCAAGAAAAAGAGUCAUUCACCGAUGAAGCCGGCGAAGUCUUUACAUCUUACACUGGCGACCCGAUUCACGGUCUCACCCAGAUCAACGCUCCUGCCGAAGUUCGCGUCAUCAAGCACGGAAUGAAAAAUGGCACCGUCACUGUCAUGUGGGAAGGAGUUGAGAAGGCUUCCACUUAUCGAGUCGGCAUUGUUCCGUCCGAAGGAAUCAUCGGAACUGGCACUUACGAUAGAAAUGAAACGGAGACGAAGCUUUUUGGCUUGGACCCGACUAAAGCUUACAAGAUUUUCGUCAGCGCUUCGAAUAACGAGUUCGGCUUGACAUCUGAAAAGACAACUUCCAGCCAGCUUUCACUGGCUCCACUUUCCAAUGUCAAUGGACGAGGUGUUAUGGGAGGAACGAAUAUCAAUUUGAAGGGCGCUGGAAAUGAGAAAAUCUCCGUCUUUGACAUUUCUGACUUCGAAGAAAGCUCCGGGGACGGAUACGAACUUCAAGAAAAUCCAGCUGGAAUCAGCCCGACUUGGAUGGUCGUCAUCAUCGUUGGAUCUGUUCUUCUUUUCCUCCUUCUUUGCGUCAUCGUUCCAUGCAUAAUUGAAUGCAGAAAAUGCAGAAAUGAAGGUCAUUGCUGCUGCUGCCUGUGCGCGAAACAUCACGAAGAUUUUGACGAAGUCAUCGAACCAUCGAGUUUAGAGAGACAGCGACAAAAAGCAGCCAUGGCCGGAAUAAACGAGUACCCGUAA